AUGCCGUUUGCCACCAGCCCCGUUCUCUCCAAGGUUUUCCCGGUUGUAGUGGAGUGCCCGAAUCGCAACUCGCUGGAAGAUGGAAGAACCAAUCCAGCAUCAUCUAAGAUUUUGCAAGGAUCUUGGCCAGCGUCACAGGAGCAAAAUUCUCCCUGCGUUCUGCUCGCCUGCUUUAUAAAGGCGGAAGUCGCAGGAGCGCGAGAGGCAGAUGGAGAAUGCAAGGCCGUGGAGAGGCUGGCGUACGCGCCUCCGAACCUCUACCUUGAAGACAUCGUAAUGAACUUCGAGUUGGACGACGAAGACACGACUCACCUUCUGCCCUCGAGAGCAGAAGACGGCUUCUACAUCAGGACUGUGGUGUCCAUAAACCCCAAGGCCAACCUGGCGCUCUUCGGUCUCUACAAGGCAGGUGACAUCUUCGUCACCCUCAACGAACCCUCAGGAUUCCGAAGAAUCACCUACUCCAUCGAUCGACCCGAUGUUCUGGCCACCUACAAGGUCCGCGUGUCAGCACCCACCGACCUCCCGGUUCUCCUGAGCAAUGGCGACAAAGUUCUCUCUGGACCUGCGCCGGGCAACCGUCACUUCGCGGAGUUCGUAUACCCGUACCCGAAGCCGUCCUACAUUUUUGCGCUCGUUGCUGGCAAUUUCGCGUCCGUCAGUGACGACUUUAUCACCAUGUCUGGACGCCGCGUGAAGGUGUCGAUCUACGCACAGCUCCACCAGCAGCACCAGCUCCAAUGGGCACUUCGCACUCUGCUCAAGGCAAUGCGCUGGGACGAACGGACAUACGGCAGAGAGUACCAGUACACGGAGUUCCGGGUGCUAUGCGUCGAAGUCUUCAACCCUGGAGCGAUGGAAAACACGUCGCUCAACAUCUUCAGUGCAGCCUCCUGCUUGCCGAUCCCAAGCUCACGACUGAUUGUAGCGCAGUCUGUUAAAGGUUCUGAAAAAUGUAGAACAUACCUCGUUGACGCCUUCCCUGUGUAUCCGAAUGCUGACUACCGGCUGGUCGUCGAUGUCGUCGCCCAUGAGUACUUCCACAACUGGACCGGAAACCGCGUCACUUGCCGCGACUGGUUCCAGCUGACUCUGAAAGAAGGCUUGACGAUGUUCCGCAAUAACAGCUUCACGGAGGAAACGACUUCUCGUGCGAUGAAGAGAAUUGAUGAUGUCUCCCACAUUCUUAGCAUCCAGUUCCGCGAAGACAGUGGCCCAUUCGCUCAUCCGAUUCGUCCCGAACGAUACAAGUCGAUUGAGAACCUGUACCGAACUUUGUUGGGACCGGAAGGAUUCCGCAAAGGCAUGGAUUUGUACUUUUCCCGGCACGACGGCCAGGCGGUGACAUGCGACGACCUUCGCGCCGCCAUGGCAGACGCGAACAACAAAGAUUUGACCCAGUUUGAAAGGUGGUACACCCAGGCAGGGACGCCGCAGGUCACGCUCGUCCAUUCUUCGUACAACGCCGCGCAGGAAAAGAUGCAUGUGACCCUCAGCCAAUAUACACCGCCGACGCCGGGACAGGAGGAAAAACUCCCUCUGCAUAUUCCUGUCGCUGUCGGUUGCAUUGGCAAAGACAGCAAACGCGAUGUUCUCACUCCCGCGACUCAGAUUCGGGAGCUGACGGAAGAGGAGCAGUCGUUCGUUCUGGAUUCUGUCACGGAAGACUGCGUGCUCUCUGUUCUGCGAGACUUCUCGGCGCCAGUCAAAUUGCUUUACCCCGCUCAGACGGUCGAGCAGCUGGCGUUCUUGGUGGCCCACGACUCGGACAAGGUCAACCGGUGGCAAGCGUCUCAAACGCUCUCGCGCGGGGUGCUCCUCACGCGCAUUUCUGAGUACCACGCGAGAGCGGAAGAAAUCGAGAAUGGAGAUGUGGCAGAACACGACGUCUUUUCACCGCUUCCCGACGACUACGUGGAGACAAUGCGCACAAUUGUGACAGCUCCCGAGUCCUGCAUGAAGAAGGAUAUCAAGGCCGUGUUGUUGACUCUGCCGUCGAAAGCCCAGCUGGAACUGGCGGUCGACAGCAUCGAUCCCGACACUAUCCACGCCGCGGUGACUUCCGUCAGGAGAGACGUGGCCGAGCAACUGGGUGAAGAGAUGCUGCGCCUAUACCGAGAGCUCACACUCCCCGAAGGCACUGAAGAGUCUGGCGCCGACAUCCCUCACUGGGGCAGACGCGCCCUCCGCAACGAACUUCUCCGCUUCUUGACUGCCACGCUGGACGAGAAAUCGGCGCUGCUCGCUUCCAGGCACUACCACCGCGCGAUGGUCAUGUCCGACAAAGUUGCCGCUCUUACCGUGCUCACCGAGAUCCCAGGAAGAGAGAGAGACGAAGCCUUCGAGCACUUUUACCAGGAAGUCGCCGGAGCCACGUUGGAGCGCGUCGCGGCUCUGAGUCGCCACGAGGCUUUCCAACCGUUCGUCCCUGGACCGGCGUAUUCCCUCUUCCGCGCCUUCAGCUCGACGAGCCCUCAGUUCCACAGCAAGACAGGAACCGGGUAUGCGAUGGUCACCGAUUUUCUGUUGAUGAUCGACGAGCACAACUCGCUGGUUUCCGCGCGGAUUGCGGGUCCGGCGUUCUCGAACUGGAAACGCUUCACUCCUCCCCGCAGGGAGAUGCUGAAGGGUGUGCUGCAAAAGCUCCGCGAGAAGCCGGGACUGUCUCUGGGCCUGAAAGAAGUCGUCGACAAAGCGCUCGCGGGCGAAGACGACGCGUGA